GCGGGGGACGGCCUCCUCCGGGGGCUGGAACCAGCCCCGGGCUCUGCGCACACCAGCCCCUGAGCCGGAGCCUGCAGGAGCUGGUGGCUUUCCAUGAGGAGUCUGCGCCUCUCUGCAGGGUGCAGUGGGCUGGCGGAGAGCCCUCCGCAGGGACGCCAUGCAGGAGAAUUAUGAGACGCUGAUAUCUCUGGCAGAAGAGAUGGCCAUCAGCAUGCCGCGGAUCACCGCGAUGGCCGAAUCCCACCGCAGGGAGCUGGUGUCGGCGGGAUUUCCGAUUUCUAAGCCUGACCUGCUCUCCUGGAUGGAACGAGGGGAAGAACCGUGGGUCCCAGAUCUCCAGGCCUCUGAGGACAGGGAGAUCCCGAGAAGCAGCAGUCCAGGCGAAGGGUCAGCGAGUGAAGAGGAGGAGGAGGAGGAGGAAGAAGAGGAGGAAGAGGAAGAGCAGCCACCAGGAUCUCCUGGGAAAACAGAGCUGCAGGAGACAUCAUCAGACAAAGAGGAGGUGGAGAAUCCCAGCCCAGGGCCGGAUGGGAAACUGCAGAACUUGGAGGGGAAGAAUCAGGACAAACCUGCCGGCCAGACAGGAGUCCUCAAGCAGCCGCCGGCGCCCACAGGGGUGGACAAGGCAUUCCGCUGCGCCGAAUGCGGGAAGACCUUCAGCCAGCGGUCCAACCUGAUCCGGCACCAGCGCCUCCACGCCACCGACAAGCCCCACAAGUGCCCCGAGUGCGAGAAGAGCUUCGGCGAGCCGGCGGCGCUGGCCCGGCACCAGAAGUCCCACGCGGCCGGGAAGCCCUUCCAGUGCGGGGACUGCGGGAAGGGCUUCAACUGGAGCUCCCACCUGGAGCGGCACCGGCGCAUCCACACCGGGGAGCGGCCCUACGAGUGCGGGGACUGCGGGAAAGGCUUCAGCGUCAGCUCCCACCUGGAGCGGCACCGGCGCGUCCACACUGGCGAGCGGCCCUACAAAUGCGACGAGUGCGGCAAGGCCUUUGCCGUCAGUUCCACCCUGGCCCAGCACCAGCGCGUCCACUCUGGCGGCCGGCCCCACCGCUGCAAGGACUGCGGGAAGCGGUUCGCAGCGGGGGCCCAGCUACUGGCCCACCAGCGGGCCCACCGGGGCGAAAAACCCUACCCCUGCGGCGUCUGCGGCAAGAGCUUCGGCUUCAUCUCCCACCUGGAGCGGCACCGGCGUGUCCACACGGGCGAGAAGCCGUACAAGUGUCCCGACUGUGGCAAGGCCUUCAGCCGCAGCUCCCACCGCAACCGCCACCAGCGCGCCCACGCUGCCGCCACCCAACACCGGCCCUUUAAGGGAGGGGGCGGGGCUGAGGCGGAGAAAGACUCCGCCCCCUCUGGCCCGGCCAAACCACAGAGAGGCCCUGCCGCCGCCGCCGAGGCUGCCCUCUCCCUCCUGCCAACCUGGUGGGGGGAAGGGGAGAGGAGGAGCAGCCAGCCCCCGGCCUGGGCAGAGGACGCCACAGCAGCAGCCGUGCCCUUCCCCCACACUGCCGGGGGGGCUGCGGGGAUGGGGCAUGAAAGCCUUCCCUGCCCCGGACGUGGCUCCCACCCCGUGGCGGCUGGGGGAUGGUAGCUCAGGUUGGGCGUCCGCCCUGCCCCAGGAGGCCUGGCCCCAGCUGCCGCCCACUUCCUAACCAGCUUCCCGUCCUUCUCCGGAGCUGUUUACUGGGGCCAGUGGCCCCCCGCCCCCUUCCCAGAACAGGGGACAGGCAGCAGGCCCUCCCCUCUAGGACAGACAGUGGGUGCUCCUGGCAGCUGUCGGGCGCUAACCCAGCCGCCCCACAGGGCAGGGAUACGGUCUGAUCAACGAGAGGUGGUCUCCCGCCAUGCACGCACCCACCCGUGCCCUGUCCCACGGCCGCCACUGGCCUGAGGAUGUGUCACCCCCGAGAGCACCAGGCUCACCCCCGGAUCCCACGCCUGAGGGGGAU